UUAUAGGUUUCCGUAAUAUUAUCUGUUUUCGUUUUGUGUGUAUUUUCGUAAAUUACACUUAUCUAUACUCUGUUAACAAUUUGAUACUUAAAGUUCGAAAUUAUCUACAUUUGGCACCAGCCUAAUUUUAUAAGAUUUAGAUGCAACAAUGAGAAAAGGAACAGUAGAAGAAAACGAUGAGAAAGAUGUAACUGAAGGCUUUUGCAAUGGCAAUUCUGAUGAUAACGUUAAGUCUUCCGAGGAUAAAAGAUUGUCACCCGAAGGAAAAGUUUCAGACAAUCAGAAAACGUCAUCCAUCUUGGAAUUCAAAACUAGAUUGAAGUUUGAUGAAGCAUAUCGAAAGAAGUUUCUCAUUUUUGUUACAAUCUGUUACAAUUUCUUCGUUUUGGGUGUCAAUGUUGGUCAGUUUGGACCUACAAUCCUCGACUUGAAGAACAUAACAAGAUGUAGUCUUGGCCAAGCUUCAUUUCUGUUCAAUGCCAAUACCUUGGGUUACUUGUCUUCUUCAGUUAUCGUUGGAUUUACGUUUGAAAGAUUUAACAAACUUCUUCAAAUGUGUGUUGCUGCCGCUUUACUUUCCGUGGUGGUAGCCGUCAUUCCAUGGUGUUCAGUAUAUGAAGUUAUGGUUACCAUUCAUUUUCUCAAAGGCUUUUUCAUGGGAAUAGAAGAUGCAGUUGGAAACGCUUUACUCAUCCAUCUUCUCGCAUCAGAAGUAAAAACAUACAUGCAGAUUCUACAUUUUAUGUUUGCCUUUGGUGGAAUUAUAGCGCCAUUGAUAUCUGCACCUUUUUUGUCAACAGAAGAUUCUAUGGAAUUACAGUCACACAACAGGACGACGUGGAACCUUAGUACAGAUAACUAUACUUUUUUCCAGAAUACAACAGGAUCUCUGAAUGUCAGUCAUAUCAAUACCUCUCAACAGAUUUAUAUACAAUCUAAGUUUUCCAUCGGCACCGGUAGCGAUUCUGAGGUUUAUAAAGCAUACACAAUAUCAGCCAUUCUGACUCUGUUAUCAGCCUUGUCGUUUAUAGUUCUCUAUUGUAGAAGUGACCAAUCAACAUGUCCAUCAUUAAAAAGUGAGAAUGAAGAGCACAAAACAGAGAAAGUAACUGGUCGUAUACGAGUAUUUGGAUUGAUCAUUUUAUGUAUGAUAAUCGCUUCCUAUACGGCAUUGGAAGACACGUAUGCUGGUUUUCUAGUCGCUUUUACAGUGCAGUACUUCAAGUGGACAAAGGCAAGGGGGGCUUUUGCAACAUCAGUUUUUUGGACUUCGUUCGCUAUUGGAAGAUUUUGUGGAAUAUUUAUUGUGAAUUUAAUAGGUCAGGUAAAGUUGCUGCUUUUUUAUAGUUUAACUAUAAUUGCAGCCUUUAUUUGUCUUCUAGUGACAUCCUUAUAUCAAGUAAGCGAAGGAGUUUGGAUAGCAUCUGCAGUAGUAGGUUUUGGCAUGUCUGUCUUCUUUCCUAUAUUUUUCUCGUGGACAGAGGAAAAGUUUUUUCAUGUUGACGGAAAGAUUGCAUCGUUGAUAAUGGCAUGCGCAUGUAUAGGAGUAAUUAUAAACCCUAUAAUUCUUUCCAGAGUUAUGGACACUACACCCAUUUGGUUUGGAUAUAUACUAACGGUGGAAAGUGCAGUAUUGUUAAUAUUCUUUGCUGUUGCAGUUUACAUAGCACGAUUGGUCAACUUAGAACAUUUUAAUCACGAUAAAGAAGGUGAUUUGGUUCUGGAAGUAAAAGAAUGUAAUAGUCCUUCAAAUGAAAUCAGUAGUUUAUAGUGAGAAAAAUAUUGAUAUGCUACUAAUUUAACUAUUAAAACCAGAACGUUUUAAAUUAAAAGAAUGACAUCUAGAAAUCAUUUUUCUUUUUUACAACUUUGACAGAGGUAACGCCAACACUUACCAUUAUUUGUCUUGUAUAUCAUUAACAAAAUAUGUCCAUGAAAUGAUUCUAGAUAUAGGAAGAUGUGGUGUGAGUGACGAUGAGACAACUCUUCAUCCAAAUAACAAUUUGAAAAAAUGUAUUUUUCGCCAUUUGUUUUGCAUAAAAACUGUAUGUAUGUAUAUGUAUUUAUUGCAUAGCAAUAUUAUAUUUCCCACAGAAAGUAAUCAAAAGUUAGCGUGCAAUAAUAUAGGGUUUUUGCAUGAAUAUUAGGGAAUGUUGUCCCGAGUAGAAUUUUAUAUUGCACAAGCUUGCGAGUGCAAUAACAUUAACGGUUACAAUAUGCCUGCACCAUAUAUGUUCUAAGAGGGACAAUAUUCCCCAAUUUUGAUGCAAUAACCCUUUUAUUGUAUAGCAAUAUAAUAUUUGACAGUAAAAAUUGGUUACUUAGAUUUUGUCGUUGUUGAUGUCAUGAAUUUUGAAGAUUUAUUACACUAGUUCAAUAUUGAUAUUUAUUGCACGCUAACUUUUGGUUACUUUCUGCGGGAAAUAUUAUAUUAUUGCUAUGCAAUAAAUUCUAAUAUUGCACUAGUGCAAUAAAUCUCUCAAAAUUAAUGAGUAACAUUGUCCCUCGUAGAACAUAUAUUGCCUCGCAAGCUCGUGCAAUACUAAAAAUUUACUCGGGACAAUAUUCAUUCAAUAAACCUAUAAUAUUAUAUAAUAUUAUAUUUUGAAUUAUUCA